GAAUGUAAAUUAAAUAAUAAUAAUUAAUAAUAAAGAGAUUAAUGGAAGAUUGUAGACCGGGAGAUUUUCGAAUGUGGAAUAAGAGAGAAAAAGAAAGCGGAAAAGAACAAAUAAAGAAAAGGAGUAGCUCAAUUCUGACACAGCCAGCCACCACCACCAUUCACCGCCAACCACGCCCACCCUCUCCUUCGGCGAGCCGCCUCUUUCAGCGGUCCUUCUCUUCUAGUACGCACGCUGCAUCUGUACAAGAUACAUCUUUCCUUAUCCUUUUAUCUCUCUCUAGGCUAUGCUUUGUUACAACUGCGUGGAAAUUAAGGCGAGUUCGUCUCUGCGGCUAAAUUUCGAUGCAGAGGGUGAUCUGAUCAAGGCAAUGAACUGGGGGAUGUAUGCCAUGUUUCCUCUGGUUUGGUGAGAGAUGGGACUUACUUAAACAAACCCAUUACGCUGAUUUUUCCCUUUGACUGAAUCCAUUAAAAUCUGAGAUCUCUCUGCAGUUGUCUCCCUGAUAAAGACUUCGCCUUUUGUGGCUUCAUCCUCUGCCGACACUCGUACCCAUUUCUCUCACCCACAUAUUUAAAGCAGGCGAUCUUUAUCUUUUUUCCUUGUUGUUUCUCUCUAAAUAUGUACAUGUUCCUGUUAUAGAAAGCAAGGGAUGAAAAUCUUGCGGGAUUUGUUUGGGUUUGGGGGAUAUGGUGUUCUUGAUUUCGCAUUUUUGGUGUUAUAUGUUUAGUAUUUAUUGCUGAGAGAGAUGGAGACGUUGGUUUCUUAUGGUGGUGAGUGCGCAUGCACAAGGUAACAAUCGCCGUGGUUUUAAAACUGUGUAGUAUUAGAUUCUCAGGAGCCAGAGACAGACACGUUGAGUUCCUCUUCAGGCGGUCUUCUCUGAAGACCUGCAUGUACCACCACAGGUCAAAAAGCUAAUCCAUUUCUUAACAGUUCUUUGAGAAAAAUAAACAAGAUCCCAGAAUCAACACCAAGCAAGAAAGAAGAUUGAGAAACAUGCAGCAAGAAAAAGGAGGAAGUGAAGGGAUGAUGAAGCUGGAUCAGGAUCGGAGACUGAAGCCGAUUUUAGGCGAGAAUCAACAGCAGCAGCCGCAGAAAUGUCCUCGCUGUGACUCGCUUAAUACAAAGUUUUGUUAUUACAAUAAUUACAGUCUCUCUCAGCCUCGAUACUUUUGCAAGACCUGCAGAAGAUACUGGACUCAAGGUGGUACUCUAAGGAACGUUCCUGUAGGAGGCGGUUGCCGGAAGGGAAAACGAGCAAAAACAUCAUCAACAUCUUCUUCCUCUAGUGAGAUUUCUGGGUCUCGAUCGCAGCCUCAUUCUCAGAGUCUAGCGAGCUCACAGACUACCAUAUCUCCUACAAAUUUAGGUAACAAUGCGAGUACUUUGAGGACUAAAGAGUCGUCGGUGGAUUUCGCUAUACCUCCUGUGAUUUCUUCAAUGGUGCCUUAUUAUUCUGGAGCUGGGUUAUUGACCUCUUUAUCAUCAAUUCGAUCUCUGCAUAACCAGCCACCUCAGUCUUUUGUUCUAAGUGAACCACCAAGCCUUCGGGAUGAAUUGGGAUCAGGUCCUUCAAAUUUGAGUCUACUGCAUGGUUUUAACAUUUUUGGGUCGCAGCAAAUCCAGCAGCAAAGACAGACUGACCAUAUGAGUAAUAAAGACACGAGCCGAGACCAUCCUUUCUAUGCCAGCUCUUCUCAGCAGCAAAAUUGGUAUCCAGCUUUUGUCAGCACCACCACUAACCCUACUGUAUCUGAUACAGCCUUGUGGACUUUCAGCACCACCACCACCACCACCACAGGCAUCACUAAGAGCAACAGCACCACCAGUGCCGGCUCCUUUCCUUUGAACCCAUCUGAUCAUCAUGAGUGGCAUAAUCUACCAGGUUAUGGUCCUCCACCAUAGACAGCGCAGUACGACUCCAUCAAGGAAUUCUUUGCUCUUUGUACACAGAUCACCCAUGAAUCUUCCUUCUUUUCUUUCUUUCCCCCACUUUAUUUCCCUUCACAUUGUCAAAAUGGUUUUGCUUUGGGAAAGUAGAAGUAGUGUAAAUGCAAGAGAGUACAGUGUACUGUGUUUUGUGCUUACAUUUUAUAUCAUAGAGAGAAGUUUUCAA